AUGUAUUCGAUUGGAAUUGGGCCUUCUUCGUCGCAUACUUUAGGCCCAAUGAGAGCUGCAAACAAAUUUGUAACAAAACUUGAAGCAAACGGAGUGCUUGGAGCACUCCAUUCCAUUUUUGUCCACCUAUAUGGUUCUUUGGCUUUGACGGGAGAAGGACAUGGCACCCCAAAGGCCAUUGCUAUGGGCCUAAUAGGGAAAGAUCCAGAAUCAAUCGACCCGACCACCAUUCCAAAGUUGUUGAAAUCUAUCGAAGAAUGUUCGGUGUUGCAUGUCCUUGAAAAAGUUCAACUUUCUUUUUCAAUGCAGGAGAAUAUAAACUUUCACAAGAAAAUCUUUCUUGCAAAGCAUUCUAAUGGCUUAGCCUUUAUGGCGUUUGGAGCUGAUGGGUCCCUGCUUGCAAAGGAGACGGUUUUUUCGAUUGGAGGCGGAUUUGUUAUCUCCGAUGGCUUCCAACUGCGAGGAAAGGUUAUUGUUGACGCAAGCGAUAAGCCAUCCAAUUCAAAAGACCGUCCUCAAGUUCCUUAUCCAUUUUUUUCAGGUGAAGAGCUACUUACUUGGUGUAACGACCAUAGAAAAACCGUUUCAGAGAUUGCAUUUGAAAACGAAAGGCCAUUUAUUUCCUCAACAGACAAGAUUAUUCAAAAAACACUUCAUAUUUGGAGAGUGAUGGAAGCGUCAAUUAUUGCUGGAUUGAGCCGUGAUGUGAAUUCUAUCCUGCCUGGCGUAUUGAAAGUUAAGCGAAGAGCCCCAUCUUUACUAUUGCAACAAGUAAACGAUUCAGCCGAUGCAUUUAGCUUGGCGUUAACACCUUUUCUAGAAAGAGACAAAAAUCUUAAUCAGAUAUUUGCGGGAGUCCACAAUGGCCCGCCCACUGGCAUGGUUAGAGAUAUUGACUGGAUUUCUACUUUUGCUAUUGCAGUCAACGAAGAAAAUGCGGAUGGUGGGAGAAUUGUAACGGCUCCGACUAACGGAGCUUCUGGAGUUAUUCCGGCUACUUUGAAGUACUGGCUUGAGUUUGGACAGCACACUAAAUCGUCAAAUAACUCUGGUGAAGAGGAAAUGAUUUGCACUUUCUUGUGGACCGCAAGUGCUAUAGGAUUUUUGUUUAAGCAUGGCGCGUCCCUUUCCGCUGCUGAAGUUGGAUGUCAGGGCGAAAUUGGGGUAGCCUCUUCAAUGGCCGCUGCGGGUUUGGCCGCUGUUCUUGGAGGAACUCCAAAACAAGUGUUGAAUGCUGCCGAAAUAGCAAUGGAGCAUCAUUUAGGAAUGACAUGCGAUCCUAUUGCUGGAUUGGUUCAAAUCCCGUGUAUUGAAAGAAAUGCGAUGGGUGCCGUAAAGGCAUUAACUGCAGCUCAGUUAGCUCUAAAACGAGAUGGAAAUCAAAAGAUAUCUCUAGAUCAAGUAAUCAAGACGAUGAAGCAAACCGGGCUUGAUAUGAAGGCAGUUUACAAGGAAACCUCGUUGGUAAGCCCAUCUCCAAAGUUAUAA